UGUGGGCCAGCGGCGUGGUCUGAGUGCCGAGGGGUAGCGCGAUCCGGCCGGAAGCUGCUGGAAGUUCCCUGAUCUGGCUGCACAGGCGCGCGUGGCGCUGGACUCUCGCACCCUCCACUUUUCCCUUGCGGUAUCUCGCGGUCCGCGUUGAGUGGAUUUCUGCGGCUGCCGGGUAGACGCCGAGCCCGGGACCAUGAGCGUGGGCUUCAUCGGCGCGGGCCAGCUGGCCUGUGCCCUGGUGCGGGGCUUCACGGCCGCAGGCAUCUUGUCGGCUCACAAGAUAAUAGCCAGCUCCCCGGAAAUGGACCUGCCCACGGUGUCUGCACUUAGGAAGUUGGGGGUGAACCUGACCCGGAACAACAAGGAGACAGUGAAACACAGUGACGUCCUAUUCCUGGCCGUGAAGCCACACAUCAUCCCCUUCAUCCUGGACGAGAUCGGGGCCGACGUCCAGGCCAGGCACAUCGUCGUCUCCUGUGCAGCCGGUGUCACCAUCAGCUCGGUGGAGAAGAAGCUGAUGGCGUUCCAGCCAGCCCCCAAAGUGAUUCGCUGCAUGACCAACACACCUGUGGUGGUGCGGGAGGGUGCCACAGUAUACGCCAUGGGCACCCACGCCUUGGUGGAAGACGGGCAACUCCUGGAGCAGCUCAUGAGCAGUGUGGGCUUCUGCACGGAGGUGGAGGAGGACCUGAUAGACGCCGUCACAGGGCUCAGCGGCAGCGGGCCUGCCUACGCGUUCAUGGCCCUGGACGCGUUGGCUGAUGGUGGGGUGAAGAUGGGCCUGCCGCGGCGCCUAGCAGUCCGACUGGGGGCUCAGGCCUUGCUGGGGGCUGCUAAGAUGCUGCUGGACUCAGAGCAGCAUCCAGGCCAGCUCAAGGACAAUGUCUGCUCCCCCGGAGGGGCCACCAUCCACGCCCUGCACUUCCUAGAGAGUGGGGGCUUCCGCUCUCUGCUCAUCAAUGCAGUUGAGGCCUCCUGCAUCCGAACACGAGAGCUGCAGUCCAUGGCUGACCAAGAAAAGAUCUCCUCAGCAGCCCUCAAGAAGACCCUCCUGGACAGAGUGAAACUGGAAUCCCCCACAGUGUCCACGCUGACCCCCGGCAGCUCAGGGAAGCUUCUCACGAGAAGCCUGGCCCUGGGAGGCAAGAAGGACUGAGGUAGCCUCGUCCCACUCUGUGUCCAGAGCCCUCGCCUGAGGGGGCCGUGCAGGGUGAGGCCAGAUCCUUGUUACUAAACCUUGAAUCUGUUCAGACCAAGAAGCCCUAGUUUCCCCUGCUGUCCCCUGCUGGAAGAUACUCCGAAGGGGUGGUUGACACUGGAAGCCACAUGUCCUGCACACCUCCCACUGUCAGAGCCCCAUUCUGGGGAACCCCUCAAUUGGGGUUCUCCAGCUGGAGCCCAAAGCAGCAUCAGUGUGAUGCCACGUCAAGGAGGUGAGAGGUGCAAAACGUGACGAGGGCAUUUCUCUGUGAAUGGAAGACGAGCAACGUUAGAAUUGUCACGAUGAAGCAGAAAUGCACGAAAUGAGACAGCUCGUGUUUAACUGUCGCUUCAUAGGUGCACCAUUGAGGGAGUGCUAAGUUUAGCUGCUUUAAUAAAGUUUUAUGUUUUCUUACCCUGCU